GGCUCAGUCCGGCUCCCACGCCGAAGAGUUCCUGGGGUGACACUAUCUUUUCCUCCCUUUACCUCGGGAAUACCUUGGGAUUUACCCCCCAUCUUCUCAUCCCACGGAUUUGGUGGUUUUCCCGCCCCUCGCCUCGCCUCCUGCCCGCCCUCGGAUCAGAGCUCGGGUGAAAAGGGCACCAUCAGAGGGGUGAUCGCUGGCCCUGGUGCAACACUACAAUACCUUUAUCCUGACCUGCCCACUUGCCUGCCCUCGACCCCUCACCUCCCUGUAACCAUGACAACCAAAAUGACCAACGACCUGGACGGGAACAAGGUCUCCUCCUCCCCUCUUCUGUUGUCCACAUCAUCCCCAUCCUACCUGUCUUGCCAGCGUCUGGUGACCAAGGAUGGUCACUGUGCCCUGCGCUCCUCCCCUCCCUCUCCUGGCCUGUGGCCCUCCUGGGCCUCUGCCUCUGCCUGGCUGCUAGCUCUACAGGACCUGUGGGGGGCAGUGGUGUGCCUGCGCUGGCGCUGGGUCCUCUUGGCCUUCUGCACCUCCUUCGUGGCCCACUGGCUGCUGUUCGCCUGCCUGUGGUACCUACUGGCCCACUUCAAUGGAGACCUGGCGGUGGAGGACCACGACGCUCCUCCAGAGGGUCACGUAGUGUGUGUCAAACACAUCACCAGCUUCACUGCAGCCUUCUCUUUCUCCCUGGAGACCCAGCUGACCAUAGGGUACGGCACCAUGUUCCCCAGUGGGGACUGUCCCAGCGCUAUAGCCCUGCUGGCGGUUCAGAUGCUGCUGGGGCUCAUGCUGGAAGCCUUCAUCACAGGUGCGUUUGUGGCUAAGAUCGCCCGUCCCCAGAAGCGUGCGGGGGCCAUCCAGUUCAGCCCCCAGGCGGUGGUAGGUCAGCACCAGGGCCAGCCCUGCCUCAUGUUCCGGGCCACCAACCUUCUGCGCCGCCCCCUGGUGGAUGUGGAGGUCAGUGCCGUCCUGUACGAAGAGAGAGACGACCAGGUCCUGCACCAGACCAACCUGGACUUCCAGCUGGACCGGCUGGGCCCCCGCCCCUGCCCAUUCUUCAUCUUCCCCCUCACCUUCUACCACAUCCUGGACCGCCACAGCCCCCUUUACCCAGCCCUGCGUGAGGGCAGCACCAGCCACUUUGAGCUAGUGGUGUUUCUCUCCGCCUCACAGGAGGGCACGGGCGACGCCUGCCAGAAAAGAACGUCCUAUCUGCGCCAGGAGAUCCAGUUUGAGCGGCGCUUCGUGCCCGCCAUGGGGCUGGACAAGCAUGGCAGGUACCAGGUGAGCAGUCAGCACUUUGGCAUGGCCCACUGCAAGGAGCCGCUGGACAAGGAGUGUGUGGUGCAGAUCAACGGGGACGGGAGUGACAGGAUGGAGUAAGGGGGGAAAGGAGUA